GCAGUUGCGCAAUAGACACAUUCUUGCACGCGGCGAUGUGAUGUAAACAUGUGUCAGAAGAUUUCAUUGUAUUAACCAGAGAGUUUGUUUAAUCGAUAAAACUUCAAAGAGACUAUUUAUCAUGUUGCCUAUCACGACGAGAUCCAGCAUAAUAUGGAGAUUAUCUUGUAGUCUGUUAAAUAAAACUUUGAUCAAAAAACGAAUCGUACAACUGAAUAAAUGCAAAAGUCACGUUCGAGGUUAUGUUAACCUCAAUUCAGCACAUUUUGCGAAGAGAAAUUCAUUAACAAAUUUAUUACAAUCAUCUCUAAAUAAUUUUAGUUCCGAUACUGAGUAUUCGACAGAAUACGUACUUAGCCCGGUGGAAUAUGAGAGAAUCUGUGAUGAGACUUUAGAUUCAUUAAGCGAGUACUUUGAGGAAUUAGUUGAAGCAGCAGCACAUUUGCCAGACGCAGAUGUAUCUUAUGGAGAUGGUGUACUGACUGUAAUCUUUGGUGACCCACAUGGCACUUAUGUUAUAAAUCGUCAGACACCAAACAAACAGAUUUGGCUCUCGUCUCCAAAAUCUGGACCCAAGCGUUAUAAUUUUAUAAAUGGUCAAUGGAUAUACAAACAUGAUGGCAAAACAUUGCACGAACUAUUGAAUAAAGAGAUACCAGCGAUUGUGAGGCAUCAAGCAUGUUUCGACAAAUGUUCCUUUAGUGGCAAAGAAGAGCAAGCUGUGUAAUCGAUGACUUUUCUUUUGAGAAAUAAUAUCAAUAGAGAUUUAAUUUAUGAUAGCUGGUGCGAAUUUACUAUAAUUCUCUUUAUAUAAUUAUAUAAAGUGAAAAUUAUUAAAGAUUUGAUUUAUGAGAAAGUUGUACAUAAGACUAAUAUUAAAAUAAGUGAAGAAAAUUUCUCAACACCAUAUGUAUAUAUAUGUAUAGACACUACGGUGUAAAAUCUUUAUGUGAGUAAUUUUAAUAUAUCAAAUGAUUACGUAUUAUG